UAUUCUUCACUUCACUUCAUACUCAUAGUUGAUUGACGUGAUAGCAUAUGCACUCAUCAACGCUAUGAAACUAUUGUUAAAUAGUUUGUCAGGAUUGUUUCGUAAUAAACACUCAAUAAUCUAUGCUGCCUGCGACUAAACAUUGCGAUACUACUCGUUCCAUUUCUAUUAUUCAUUUUUUUAUUUGUAUUCUUGAUAAUCGCUGAACUAUUAAUUACUUUAAACUAUAUACAUCAUCGUGUGUACAGCGGUAUUUUCGUUGUGUUUUCAUUAAUAUUAGUGAUUUUUUUUGACAAUAAAUUAAUUACAUAACUAUGAGUAUAUUCAGCCAGGUUCAAGAAGCGGCGCCCAUCGAAGUGUUUAAUUUGGUGAAAUUAUUUAAUGAAGAUAAUAACCCAUCAAAAGUAAAUUUGUCUGUUGGAGCAUACAGGACUGAAGAAGGCAAACCGUAUUAUAUUCCUGUUGUCAAAAAAGCUGAGGAAUUGGUACUUCAGGAUACAGUGAAUCAUGAAUAUCUACCUAUUUUAGGCUUUGAACCAUUCACUAAAGCAGCUUCCCAACUACUGUUGGGUGAUAUCAUUAAACGGCAAGAAGAAGGAACUAUAUUUGGAGUACAAUCAAUCAGUGGUUCAGGAGCACUUAGAGUGGGUGGAGAAUUCUUAGUCAAACAUUUGAAUUGCACCACAUUUUAUUACUCAACACCAACUUGGGAAAAUCAUCAUCUGGUUUUUAUGAAUAGUGGAUUUAAAGAAGCAAAAACUUAUCGCUAUUGGGAUGAAGAAAAGAGAUCUAUUGAUUGCAAUGGACUUUAUGAAGAUCUAUUAAAUGCACCAGAACAUUCAGUUAUUAUAUUGCAUGGAUGUGCCCAUAACCCAACUGGAUUAGACUUAACUGAAGAACAAUGGAAAAAAGUGGCAGAAAUUAUGAAAGAACGUGAAUUAAUACCGUUCUUUGAUAAUGCCUACCAAGGAUUUGCUUCUGGAGAUGUUGAAAAAGAUGCUUGGUCUGUUCGAUACUUCCUUGAUCAAGGGUUUGAAUUUUUAUGUUCACAAUCAUUUUCUAAAAAUGUUGGACUUUAUAAUGAACGAGCAGGAAAUUUAACAUUUGUACUGAAUUCCGUGGAUAAAAUUAAAGCUGUUAAAUCUCAGGUUACCAUGAUUGUUAGAGGAAUGUAUUCAAAUCCUCCUAACCAUGGUGCACGUAUUGUCAGUACAAUAUUAAACAAUGAUGAGCUUAAAAAAGAAUGGUUGGAUACCCUAAAGAUAAUGACCAAUCGAAUAAAAAAUAUGAGAAAAGUUUUGAGAGAAAAUUUAGAAGAGCUUGGUACGAUAGGAAAGUGGAAUCAUGUAACUAAUCAAACUGGAAUGUUUUCUUAUACAGGAUUAUCAGCAAGUCAUGUUGACUAUAUACAAGAGAAAUAUCAUAUUUAUAUGUUACGAUCAGGACGCAUAAAUAUUUGUGGACUCAAUAUGAACAAUAUAAAAUAUGUAGCUGAAGCAAUUACCGAUGCUUUAAAAAAUGUAGCCAACUAAAAGAGCAAUUUAUUUAAUCCUAUUGAAACCAAAUUGUUUUUAUCGUUAUGUUUUGUAAACUAGGAAUAGUUUUUAACUUCAUAGAUAUUUACAUAAUAUACACUUACAUUUUACAUGAUAAUGUUGAUAAAUUA